AUGGGGAACGUGAAUAUGCGGGUAUAUUUAAUACCACCGAAUGAGGAGAGUAGUGAAGAUGAGGACGAGGGCUUCGGGCCAAGGCCUAUGCUGGCUAGCACUGAUGCUUUGGGGGGUGUCAAACCUCAUGGAGGAAUCGAUUAUGGCAAGGCGUUGCGACCGGGUGAGGGUGAGGCUAUGGCGAGUUAUGUAGCGGAGGGACAGCGUAUUCCACGAAGAGGUGAGGUUGGAAUGUCAACGGAUGAGAUAGAGAAAAUGGAGUCCGUGGGUUACGUUAUGUCCGGCAGUCGGCAUAGGCGAAUGAACGCUGUCCGUAUUCGGAAGGAGAAUCAGAUUUAUAGCGCUGAAGAAAAGCGAGCUCUGGCGCUGUAUAAAUUCGAGGAGAAGGCUAAUCGAGAGGCUCAGAUCACACAGGUGAGUAUUCCGACUUUGCUCAGCAGUACCUUCAUGGACAUGCUGAAGAAACAAAAAGAACAACUAGAGAAGGGAGGAGGACUUGUGGAGCCGACAGAGAGCAAGUUCACAAGUAAAGGGGAAGAGAGUAAGUUUAUGUAG